UACUCAACGCUGAAACUAACAAGAAGCAUGCGGCAGGUUACAUCCAAAAACCCCCCGAAUGAAACACCUCCUAAGUUUAGCCAAGCUACUUUGUUACUGCAAUCAGCUGGAGAACUCCGUCUUCACAAAGAUAUUAGUGAGCUAAACCUACCCAAGAGCACAUCAAUUUCUUUUCCCAACGGCAAGGAUGAUCUGAUGAAUUUUGAGAUCUUCGUCCGACCUGAUGAAGGAUAUCACCUGCUUAACUUCAGUUUUUGCCCUUCGGAGCCUUGGAGGCUGCAUACAGGUGUGACCUUUGGUUUGCAUAUCAGGCUUAACUUCAGUUUUUACCCUUUGGAGCCUUGGAGGCCGCAUACAGGCAUCUCUUGAUUGUACCAGUCUUGGCCACUUGAAGGGCAGUUGCUUCUUUGACAGUA